AUGUUAAUAAAAACUAAAGGUGAUGUUGAUGAUAAUAAUAUAGAUCAUAUAAGCAAGUAAAUAUUGAAUAAUUAAUGAGAGUGAUGAAACCACAAAUCUAGUAGUUCCACUAUUUCCUGAGUUCAAGCAUCCUGGUUUAGGUAAAUAAGUUCUAAUGAGACCUCCAAGUAAAUAAUUCUUGAAUUCCCCAUCUAAAUUAGAAGACUCUCUAUCAGGGAGUACUAAGAUUACUUAAUUCAAUGUAAGUCUUCUAAACUAUUAAGAGUGCCGGACAGCCCUAUGAUUACAUUGUUAAUCGCUUUCUCUAGACCAUUAAAAAACAUCUUUCUUCACCUCAAAGGUAAAACCCCUACUUAAUAUAAGAUCUGAAGUGGAGGGAUAAAUUAUACGAACCUUGAUUUCAUAACAAGCUAAAUUAUAAUAUAUGCUUCAUAUUGAUUGGGCUAAAUAUUAUACAAGCUAUUUAUAACACAUUAAUACUAAAGUUCCUGGACCUAUUAAUAAUUAACCUUUUUUUGCUGAUUUAUGUUCAAAUGACACCAUAUAUAAACUAAAUCUAAAAUAAGAUGUAGAUUUUGUAUUGCUUAAUCGAAAUACUUGGAUGUUCAUUUAUAGUUUAUAUGGUGGAGGACCUGAAGUCUCUAUUCAAGAUUAUACUAAAGGAGAGGGAUUUGAGAAUUCAACAUAAAAACCUACCUUAUCAAGAGUUAGUUCAUUAUAGUCAGGAUUGGUAGAUACUGUUUCAUAUAUGAGUAUUACACUACCUUUUUAAAAAUCUUAAUUUGAAUUACCUCCUAUAGGAUUUUAUAAUGAAUCUAAUUAUUGUUUUAUGCAUGCAGCACUACAAACUUUAUUAUCAGUUGAAUAAAUAAAUUGUUGGAUGAUGAAUGAAGGUAAAAGGAUAGUUACUUAAUUUUCAGAUAAAUAUCGUUAUUUGAAUGCUUACUAAGAAAUAAUUACAUUAGCAAUUAAUAAAAAAGCAGGAGCAUUUAUUAAAAUUUAAUAAUUGAAGCAAUUAAUAAAAAGUAAAUUUGAUCCUCGUUAAUAACAUGAUUCUUAAGAAUUUUUAAGAUAUUUUAUAGAAUAAUUAACAAUUGAAAUAUAAGGAUAAUCGAAAUAUGAUUAACCAAUUACAGAAAUAGUUUUUUAGGGAUAAAUGAUGUCAUUGAUUAAAUGUGAUUAAUGUAAUUAAUAAUCAACAAAGUUUGAAUCUUUUUUAGAUUUAUCUUUGUCAAUGAAUAAAUUAUAAACUUUAGAAAAAUGUUUAAGAUUAUUUUUUGCUUAGGAGAUUUUAAGUGAUCAUUAUUAGUGUGAAAAUUGUAAUAAUGAAACAAGGGCAAUUAAGAAAUAUGUUAUAGGUACACCUCCAUUAUAUUUGAUGAUCCAUUUAAAAAGAUUUUAGGUAUAUCCAAAUAAAAUAAAAUUGAAUGGACAUGUGAGAUUUCCUAUAAGUCUUGAUGUUUAAGAGUAUAUUUUUAAAAUCCAUUAUGAUAGAUUUUGUUCAAUAAAAGCUAAAUAUAAAUUAAGAUCAAUAAUAGUUCAUUAAGGAACACCUGAGAGAGGACAUUAUGUAACAUUUUCAUCUAGACAAGAGCAAGUAAUAAUAAAUAGUAAUUUAUAUAGUGGUAUUAUUUUGAUGAUCAAAAAAUAUAUUUAGUUACAGAACAAGAUGUUUUGUAAUAGUAAGCUUAUGUUUUGAUAUACGAAAAGGUUGAAGAAUAUCUCAUUGACAUGUAAUGA